AUGCAGAAGGUUUGCUUUUGUCUCAACAUAGACCAAGUGUUUACGCCUGUUUACCAUCCACAAGCAAACCCCGUUGAAAAGAAGAACCGUGAUCUAAAGACACAGUUGGUGAUAUUGGUUGGAAAGCAGCAUCGAGACUGGGCAGAGGAGUUGCCAGCCAUACGCUUCGCCAUGAACACCACUCCCUGCCAAAGCACUGGUUACACUGCAGCUUAUCUAACUUUUGGCCGCGAGCUGAGAACUAUUGAUGACAUUCAGCACGACUUGAGAGCUGUUAUUCACUCCGAAAACUUUAUUGCGGAAAUCACGCCAUACUUGAGCACUCUUGCUGAGGUGUUCGCAUCUGCUCGUGAAUUUGAACUAAGACAGCAAGAUGCCAACAAAGCCCUCACCAAUCCACGAAGACGUAACCAAGAAAACUUAGAAAUUGGUUCCAAGGUUCUAGUCACUACUCACGUUUUGAGCAACGCUUCCAAAGGUGUGACGUCCAAAUUCAUUCCUAGAAGAGAUGGGCCUUAUGUCAUCAUCGCGAAACAAGGAACUACUGCUUAUGUAAUCGCGCAUGAAGAUAACCUCCAACAACCUUUAGGCACCUACCAUGCCUCGUUAACUCCAUAUCCAAGUGCUACCAAUGCUUCCGAAGAGCCAGUUAACAGGAUCUGA